AUUAUUGUUAGUACAACAGUAGUGGACGUUUUGUGAUAGUUGUAGAUAUACUCCGAAACCAAUCUUAAUUUUUAUUUUCCUCUUAUUUUUAACUUGACGGAACCUAAAAUAGAAAGGUAAUAUGCAUUCUGUUCCUAAAACACUCUUUCCGCGUGGUACGAACUAUAUUGAACUUAGUACACUGUAGAUAUCGAUCAAAUGGCAGAAAAAUAAUAUUACUGCUCUGUUAUUUUUUUUAAUAUUAGCGGGGCGUCGCGCCUUUCAUUUGCAAACCAACCAGCCGCGAAGAUCGCUUAUUGUUUUAAAUCACGCGUAAUUUCGUUCGACAAACAAUAGAGAAAAGUAACAAAAAUCAAUUGUUUUAUAAUGUAAUUGCUCCAAUAUUCCUUGCCUGUGAUAUCAAUAUGAAAUAAAUAAUUGUGUAAUAUUCUAUGUUUUCCCGUAAAACUUAACGUAUUCAACCUAUUGUCGAAACAAACCCAGUCGCUACAGAAGAUGGAAGGAUACAUGUUUUAAAACUUAAGAAGAAAUCAAAGUCAAGAUCUGAGAGUUUAGAACAGCCAUGGAACACCGCGGACUAGGGGAUCGAGGCCCCUCUCCGUAUGAAAUGUCUGAGAUGGGAAGGAAAGAUCAACGCCAUAUGGAUGCUGCUGUAUACACCAAACAGCCGCUGCUAGAAUCAGACGUUAUUAUUGAGGAUGACAACGGACAAGGAAGAACCAAGUCGCCAAUAAAGUUGAAACCAACCAAGAAAAGUGUCCUUGUGACCAGAAACAAGACGGACAUAUUGACUAAAAGACCUGCAAGCGCUACACUUAGUCUCCAUGGUGACAGUGAAGAGGUCAAGGUUACCAGACGAUCUGUCUCCAGACAGGGCUCUAGGAUACAGCAAGGCUCACGGAUGCAAAUUUUGGAAGAGGAGGAAUACACGGAAAAGAACGUUCUAAAAAGUCUAAUACAGAACGACAAAGAUGUUGAAAAGUUGCGAGAAGUGAUAGGCUAUUCAAGAAAGGUUUUAGAUAGUCACAAAGAGAAGAACGAGACGCACGACACCAAACGGAAGACAAGGGCAUUCCAUGCGGCAAUGCAGAUAGUUCAGGUUCACAGGACAGUGCUAUUAACAGGAAAAAUUGGUAGCGGGAAAACUCAUACAGCGCUUAGCAUAAUGCAUAGUCUUAUAGAUACAUAUCCAAAUUUCAAUCCUGUAAUAGCACGUUCCCCAUAUGAUUUGUAUGUUCUUGAAAACAGUUCAAAAGAAGUUGUCGUAUUGCUUGAUGACUGUUUAGGUUUUCGUGGCUCACAGGGAAGUCAUGUUGGCGGAUGGAGGUGGAUAGAGAAGUUAACAAAGACGUUAAUAGAAAGAAAACAGGUAUACUUCAUCUUAACGGCGGAUAACUCUGUGUUUGAACAUGCAAUGGAUGUCGAAAAUGGCCCAGGUAUCCCGUUUAUUAGAGGAAUAUCACGUAUUGAUCUGGAAUCAGAUGCGUUUAGUCUCACAACCAAAGAGCAAGUUAGUCUUCUUUCGAUCAUAUGUAAAAACCAACAAAAAAUACAAAACAUGAAAGACAGCCUUUUCGAUCUAUGUUCAAAGUUCGACAACCAAAAUGUUGGAUUUCCCGUUGUUUGUAGUUUCAUUGGACAUACAGAUACAGAACUUCUGUUCGAUGAUCCGUUCCGCUACCUUUUAGAUAUGAUAGCUGAUACACGAGAGAACAAUAUCGCUUCGUACAUGUUCCUUUUGCUUAUAUUGCUACUUGAAGAUGGUUUUCCUGUUGCUGGUCUGUGUACCACUGAUAAAACAAUAUUCUUGAAAUUACUUCAAAUCCUUAGCCAGGCUAAAUGUUCGUAUGCAGAUGUUGUAGAUUCACUCGAAUCUCUUCUUGAGUUAAACCUCAUUGUGAAAGAUGCAAGUAAAACGUUCUAUACAUUUACUCAUCGUCUCGUGUACAUGGCAGUAUUGCGUGACAUAACCCGUUGUAAAUUCGAUGAAAUUCUAGAUCUUCUUCCUGUCAGGGCAGUUAACUUGAUAAAAUUUAAAGUGCCAAAGUUGGAAGAAACAGAGCAGAAGCGACCGGAUACCAGUGACAUAAAGGUAACAAUAAAUCUGUCACAGUCACACUGCAAUAUCAUUGCAUCAAAAUACAGUGCAGCUCUAGAAUCAAAGAAACCGUUGGUUUUUGAAGAGGUUGCGUCAUCGCUUCUCUGGACAAACGAACAGUUCGUUGAUGUUGUAAAAACUAUGAUAGGCUUCCAGUUCUUCUUCCAGGAAGACGAGUCAAAUAUGCCGCUUUCCGUCCAUCUAAUAAGAUGCGGACAAUACGAUCUUCUGUGUGACGUAUACACAGUUGUGACACAAUCAGUUGCGGGUAUGGCAACUGGCCUACAAAACCAGUUAGCAAAAACUAUCACAGAGGCAAUACGUGACAGAAACAAGUCUUUAUUAACAAGAUACUCAAAAUUGUAUGCUGGAAAUGAAAACAGUAUUGUCCAAGCGGCUAUCGAUACCGGCGACACUGAACUAUUUAAAAUAGUUUUAAAUCCGGCAGGUCCAUUUCGAAACUUCAUGACUGCCAUCGUUCCAUUAGCAUGUGCUUGUGAAAAUACAGAUAUUGUGAAAUAUCUGCUGACUCAACUAGACCAAGAUGUGGCCAGUGCCUUACUCCGUAAGAAAGAUACAGAAGGACGCACAUUACUACAUUUUGCGUCGAAAGGAGGAAGUGUGGAAAUAUUUGAUUUUCUGCUUGACCUAGGUCUUGAUCUGAAGGCACAAACGAAACUUGAAAUGACAGUCCUUGAUAUUGCAGCAAUUCACGGAAGAAUGAAUCUUGUGAAACAUAUAAUAUCAUUAGUUCCAGAUAUGGUUGAAGUAACUGACAAUAACGGUUUCACUGUUGCACACUACGCAGCCAGAGAGGGCCACCUUGACAUCCUUAAGUUUGUAGUGACAAACGGAGCAAGCGCCACUCUAAAAGUACAAGGAGGCAAUACAAUCUUUCAUUUGGCAGCGUUCAAUGGACACGUAUCAGUUUUAGACUACUUGAUGGACAGUUACCAUGGCAUCAUAACUUUGCAAAAUGAUGAUUCAUUUAUGCCUGUCCACCUUGCUGCAAAGUCUGGACAGACGGAUACUAUUGAUUUUUUCCUUCGAAGGGGCACAGAUAAAAAUGAUCGAACAAUCGACGGCCGGUCGUUAUUGCACAUAGCCGCAUUUAACGGCAACUAUCAGCUUGUACAACAUCUUAGUGUCAAGUAUCAAGAAAUGAUCAAGUUUGUUGAUAACGACGGGAAUACUGCGGCACAUGAUGCUGCAGCUAGUGGAAAUAUUCAGACGUUGAAAUAUCUUAUCGAGAAUCAUAUUGAGCCGCAUAUUUGUAGUAGAGAUGGAUGUACAUUGCUUCAUGAAGCUUGUUACUACGGUCGCCCUGAAGUUAUGAAAUAUCUUGCGACUACUUUUCCGAAAAUGUUAACGGCCCGCAGCCUUAAUGGAUACUCUUGCUGCCAUGCAGCCGCUCUUGGUGGAUGCGUCGAAAUUUUAGAUUUCCUGAUUAGAAGUGGAGCAGAUCCAGGGGCUUUAUCUGAGGACGGAAGUACAAUUCUACAUGAGGCAGCAUUCAGCGGCAAGCUCGAUAUGGUAAAAUAUAUAAGUGAUCACUGCGCAGACAUGCUUGAAAUAGGAAACGUUCGUUCCUAUUUGGCAAUACAUUUCGCUGCACAGGAAGGUCACUUAGAAGUGCUCACACAUUUACUGUCCGUUAGUGAUGGUCAAGUUCUUGAGACGUACGAAAAUCAGACUCUCCUUCACAUUGCCGCUUACAAUGGACGAAUGAAUAUAGUGAAAUAUAUUUGCAGCAAACUGACCGACAUUGUAUGCAAGAGAGAUAUAAACGAAGCAAAUGCCAUACACUACGCUGCCAGAGGUGGUUUUAUUGAAAUUCUUGACUACCUCCUGUCAAAGGGAUUGGAUCCAAAUGCAACCACCUCGUCAGGAAGUUCUAUACUUCAUCUUGCUGCAUAUGACGGAAAACUUGAAACAGUGAAACACAUUUGCAAUAAGUAUCCUCAGCUUCUUCAAAAACUGGACGACACUGGGCACAACGUUGGUCAUUAUGGAGCAGGAAGUGGGAACGUAGAACUGCUUAAAUUUGUUAUAGAACAAGGUAUCGAACCUAUGGCAGCUUCUUCAAAUGGCAGUACUUUACUGUUAAAAGCUGCCUUCGGCGGAUCACUUGACAUUGUCAAAUAUAUUUGUACAACUUAUCCAGAUUUGCUUGAUAUGUCAGAUGAAUUUGGAUGUACCGCUCUGCAUUACUCCGCAUGUGGAGGUCACAUUGAAGUGCUGCAAUUUCUCUGCACAAGAGGGCUCGAUCCGAUGACGAAAACAAAAGAUGGACACACGCUUCUUCAUAUUGCCGCUUACCACGGCCAGUUGGAAAUGGUAAUUUUUCUGUGUCAAGAGUAUCCCGAUCUUCGAAAUGUGACCGAUGGUUUGGGACAGACACCAGAUAAUUUUGCUCAACUUGGAGAACAACAUGAAGUGUUGAAAUACUUUAAAAAAGAUAAACGGAAAAGUGGAAUGGCUCAAACAGUAGUGGAAAGACUACCAGCGUGCGGAGAGGGUUGCUGUGAAUCUGUUCACUCCGUGUGGGAAAGAAUGGUAGGAGCAAUAUGUUUCUGUAGGCGUAGCAACCAAUAAAUUCUAUAAAUGUUAUCAAUCAAGCUUUUUAAUGAUAUUUGAUAGUUGUUUGGGUUUUGUUCUAUUUAAAAAACAAAGACAAAUAUCAAACAGGGAAUGCCACUUACCAAAAACGCAGCCUCCCCAAAACGAAACCCACAGCACGCAGACGUGCACACCAGAAACAUACACGCACACACACAAAACCGACACAUCAGGACAAAACGAACAAACAAAGGAACAAAGUCUCACCUACAGCUUAUACCCUUUCCUGACCUAUUUGGUAGUGGAGUUUCAAUGUGCCAUGAGGAAGCACGUGAGCCUGGAUGAACGACCGAUCGUUUUAAAACCUACUUUUUGUUUUGUGUAUGAAAUAAUUAUAAAUUCACAAUGAAUAAACUUGAAACAACUUCAAAAAGGAGCAGACCACGGGAAAUCAGCGACCAGCCAAACCACCGCGGAGGUCCUCAAAUAAAACACAGAGCUAACAGAUAUCACAACGUACCGAUUUAAGAUGAACUACAAUAAUAUAGUUAUGUACCUGCGUAUUAACUAGUUAAAUUUACUGACUGUUUCUUUUACUAGGACCAUGGCUUGAAUAUUAUGGUCAACGAUAAUUGUUAGCUUUAUAUACAUGUGACAAUAAUUGAUUUAUUAUCUAUGCAUUUGUGCAUCACUGACAAGAUGGCGGCACCAUGAGAAGUUGAAUUAAUAAUUACGUCUUUCUCGCAGACAAUUUCUAAAUUUAAGCGUAUUUUGUCGUAAAAUAUAUCCCACCCUGUCACAUGUUUAAUGAACAGAAAUCAAAUAAUUUAUUUGGAUACAUAAAUGGUUUUUAUUCUACCAUGGUGUAUAUUUUAGACCGUUUGUGUCAACAUAAACAAGAAUGAUCCCAUUGUCCAUAUAAUGGCGAUGCUAAUAGUCUUUGAAACAGUUAUUUAUUUUUAGUUUUCAGCAUUUAUGUCGUUGUCGUACAUUUAGUCCAUUUAAUAGUUUUCUUUGACCUUUGACAUUUGUGAAAUUUACUUUUUAAUUCAUUUAGUACAAAAUUGUGACUAAAGAAGGUCAAUUUAUAUUCUCAUUUUACUUUGCUGUCUUAUUUCUUAGUUCAUGAUAUUCAAUUUUAUGUUUUUGACUGAACUAUUUUUAACUUAUACAUGUUAAAGUCUUAUCACUUUUUUCAGUGAACUUUGGAAAUAUUGCGGCUGUACACAACAGCUACGACUUGUAAUUUCACAAGGAAAUUAUAAAUAUAUUUUUCACUAGUGCGAAACCAAACUGGAAAAUAUCAAAUAUAUUUUUCACUGGUGCGAAACUAAAAAUGGAUAAAAUUUAGUUUUACAUCCAAUAUCAAAUACCUUUCACUAGCGGACUCCUGCUGUAAUAUAUUUCCACUCGUGGCUACGUGACUCAUGAAAGUGUUGUAUCUAUUGUAUCCAAUGUUAUGUUAUUACUUGUAUAUAAAUAAUACAAAGGCACCGGAGUCGCACUGGAAGAAUUAAAUGUGUACUUGUGAUUUAUGAGCACAAAUACAAAUAUGGAGAAAACCACAAACUUCUUUAGAAUUGGAUUAGGAUCCUGGACGAUUUUUUAAACCGAUAUUUUUACAUACAUGUUAUCAUCGAUGUAUUACCACCAGGUAUUACAGACAUAUUAUCAUUGAUGUAUAUAUGAAAUUGUUUUUACAUAAACAAAUGCUCUCUAUUUAUUUUAUAACGCUGAUUGGAGUAUGUGAAGUAAGAAUAUAUUAAAUGGUUUUAUAAAACACUGCUGAUCUUUGUUAACGUGCUGGUCAUGUGACGGUUAUUUAAAAUAAAGUAAGCUUAUUCCUUUCUGUUUAUUUACCUUUAGAAGAUUAAGGUAAUUUAAGACUUAAUACAUACUUGUAUAUAUAAAUAAAGUUUAUAUAAAGUA